GGCGUGAAGCACCUGACGGUGGUAAAUCGGGCGCGCCGAUUGUGGGAAUCCCUCUCGCGCGGGGGGCGAGUGAGCGAGUCGGUGGGCGGGCGACGCUGCAACAUGAGCUCGCCUAUGCGUGCCCGGUUGCAGCCGCUCAGUUGCGCGUCCUCCGGCGCUCACUCUUACACGCAGCCGGCUCGGGACGCCGCGCGCCGUCCGUCAGUCCGUCCGGUAAUGAGCGCGGCCGUCCUUCCGCCUGAGGCUGCGCGCCGCGGCGCCACUUGAAGCGGCGCAUGGAGAAGUAUGCGUCGUCGGUGCAGGGGACCGACUCCGCGCCGGUGCCGCUCAGGGAGAGCUUGUGGAACGGCACCGGAUCGGAGGCGACGGGGGAAAAAAGCGAGCGGGACGGCACGGUCGCGCGCGCCGUGACGGGAUGUUUGCUGUUCCUCCUCAUCCUGUGGACCCUGCUGGGGAACAUCUUGGUGUGCUCCGCCGUGUUGCGCUCACGCCACCUGAGGACCAAAGUCACCAACAUCUUUAUCGUGUCCUUGGCUCUGUCGGAUCUGUUCGUGGCCGUGCUGGUGAUGCCGUGGAAGGCGGCGGCGGAGGUGGCGGGAUACUGGCCCUUUGGCGCUUUCUGCAACGUUUGGGUGGCUUUCGACAUCAUGUGCUCCACCGCUUCCAUCCUCAACCUUUGCAUCAUCAGCGUGGACAGAUACUGGGCCAUCUCCAGUCCCUUUCGCUACGAGAGGAAAAUGACUCAGAGGGUCGCGUUCGUCAUGAUCAGCAUCACUUGGACGCUGUCCGUGCUCAUUUCAUUCAUACCCGUCCAGCUCAACUGGCACAGAGCGGCCGGGACGACGGGCGACGCCUCGGCGGCGGCUCGCCCGACGGAGGAGAACUGCGACUCCAGCCUGAGCCGAGAAUACGCCAUCUCCUCCUCGUUGAUUAGUUUCUACAUCCCGGUGGCGAUCAUGAUCGUGACUUACACUCGAAUCUACCGCAUCGCCCAAAUCCAAAUCAGGAGGAUCGCUUCUCUGGAGAGAGCCGCGGAACACGCGCAAAGUUGCCGGAGCAACAGACUGGAGUGCCACCACCACAACACUUUAAAGAACUCCAUCAAGCGGGAAACCAAAGUGUUCAAAACCCUCUCGGUGAUUAUGGGCGUCUUUGUGUGUUGCUGGUUGCCCUUCUUCGUCCUCAACUGCAUGGUUCCCUUUUGCGACAAGCCGGCCUCGGACCGGGACGCGGGCCCGCCUUGCGUCAGCGAGACCACCUUCGACGUCUUCGUAUGGUUCGGCUGGACGAACUCCUCCCUGAACCCCAUCGUUUACGCGUUCAACGCCGAGUUCAGGAAAGCCUUCGCCGGUUUGUUGGGCUGCCGCCAUUUUUGCUCCAGCACGCCCGUGGAAACGGUCAACAUCAGUAACGAGCUGGUGUCCUACAACCAGGACACCCUGAUCCACAAGGAGAUCGCCAACGCCUACGUCAACAUCAUCCCCAACGCGGUGGAAUGCGAGGACGCUUUCGAUAGGAUCUCGCAGCUCACCGCCGCCAACGACAACGCCACCGACUCCGUGUGCGACUUGGAGGACUGCGAGGCCGUGAUCAGUCUGGACAGGAUGUCGCCGUUCGCGCCCAACGGAUUACACUAAACCGCCCCCCCCGCCCCCCCCCCCCCACAAUAUUUUCCACGGUACCCUUUCCGAGCCAAGUGUUCUCGAAAGCGUUCAAGGGGUACCCUCCGUUCCAUCGUACCCCUAAAGCGACAAACCUCUCCUUAUUUUCUGAGCCUGCUUACUCCUGUGACUUGCUCAUGGACACUUGGGGCAAGGACGGAUUUGUCUGCGCCCAUCCAGCCUGCCUGCUGCCGCUUUGCCUCAUGUGUUAAUGUAAGAUGUUGUUGUUCUGGGGGGGGGGGGAUCAAACAAAAAUAUGUGUUGGUGUAAAUUUCUAUGAACACUGAAGUCUUGUGUUUAUUUGUUCCGUGUCGUUGGAAGCGACGCUUUGUCUAAAAUAUGACCAAUAUGGAAAGAGGAAUAUUG